GAAAAUGUAAUUGUUAUUUAUUCCAGACAAACAACACGAAGAAGAAGAUAAAGGCAAGAACCCAGAAGAUGAUGGCUCUUGUUGCAGAGUUAUCCAUGCAGCAAGAGUUUGCCCUGAAACUCCAGCAGGAAGUGAGAGACAAGGAACAAUUUUUGAUGAUUGUUUCAUCAAGGAUAGAUCAAGGCCUUCCCCCUCCUGAAGAAACAGAGAAUGAGUGCUUGAAGAUACUACACAAUGAGAAGAUGCAAAAAGAAGCAGCUGAAGCCAGAGCUAAACGCGCUGCAGAAGAGGAACAAGCUGCAGCACCCAGAUACAUCCGCACGACAGCCGAGCCACUGCCCACUGCCUACACCCCCAGUGACGAGCACAGCUUCCCGCUGUCGCGGCCCUACGGUGCUCUGGCUCCCUUCAAACCAACUGAGCCUGGGGCAAACAUGAGGCAUUUCAGGAAACCUGUGGUGAAGCCAAUCCAAGUCUGAACAGGCAGCACCUGAGACAGCAGAGACAUUGCUGGCUGCUGAAUCUCAAAGGUCAACAGCAUUUACACUACACUGAAAGCAUGUCUGUUACCAUUCAGCCAAGUUAAAUACUGACCACAAAGUAGCUGUUAAUGUCACAAGCACCGUG